GUCAUUUUCAGUUUCUACAAUGAUAAUAUCCAACUAUCAUUAUCUCAACUACGCUACUUCACAUUCUUGAGUAUAGGGAUCUCUAUACUGUGGCCCUGGAACUGUUUCCUAUCUGCAUCUGUUUAUUUCAUCAAGAAGUUUGGAACCGGUUCAGGAUUGAGUAAUAAUUAUUCAUCAACAAUGAUGACUGUUUCUACUUUGACAAGUUUUUUAUUAAACAGUUAUUUAUCUACAAAGCAAUUUGCAAAUUUUGUUAAUAGAAUCAAGACUGGAAGCUUGGUUAAUUUCUCGAUUUUUUUGUUAUUAUCGUUAAUUGAAUUAUUCCUACCAGGUUUACACAAUGCUGGUUAUUUUGUAUUCAUUAUGCUUUUGAUACUGUUUAGCUCAAUGGGUACCUGUUAUCAACAAAAUGGAUGUAUGGCUAUUGUAAACGUUAUGGGCCCAAUAUAUGCCCAAGCUGUCAUGGUUGGUCAAGCUAUUGCCGGUGUCUUGCCUUCUAUUGCAUUGAUGUUGUCAAAUUUAUUAUACCCUGGUGAUGCUAAUGAAAGCUCAACAAGUAUUGUUAUUUAUUUCUUCACAACUUCAAUCAUUACACUGUUUUCAUUUGUGUUGUUAAUGAUCACAAAUAGAUAUAAAGAUGAUCUUCCUCAGGAUAUUGAACACGAAUCACCAGUUUCUGAAACAGAAUAUGUCCCAUUCAAAGUCUUGUUUGCAAAGUUAAAAUUCAUUGUACUAUCAAUCUUUACAGUUUUUGUCAUUACUUUAGUUUUCCCAGUUUUUGCAUCAAAUAUCACUUCUGUCAACCCAGGUUUCGGUAAAAUCACAACAGAUGCCAUUUAUAUUCCAUUUAUUUUCUUGGUUUGGAACUUGGGUGAUUUAGCUGGUCGUUUAGCAUGUGGAUUCCCACAAUUUGUCAUUUCAUCUGAUAGAGUAUUGUUUUUAUACUCCAUCUUAAGGUUCGCCAUUGUUCCAUUCUUCUUUUUAUGCAACUUAUCGAAAAAAGAUGGUGAUCCCGCUAUAAAUUCUGAUUUCUUUUAUAUCUUGUUACAAUUCAUCUUUGGUUUCACCAAUGGUCAUUGUCUAAGUUGUUGUUUUAUGAAUGUUGGUAACUAUGUUGAGGAUGAGCAAAAAGAAGCAGCUGGUGGGUUUACAACAAUCUUCCUCAGUCUUGGAUUAGCUGCCGGUAGUAUCUUCAGCUAUUUGUUUGUUGUCAUUAUC